AUGCGACCACAUCUACUUCCUCCUCGGACUCUCCCUGAAAUCUGGCCCACUGACCCCCCGCAAAAACCUACGCACCCUCUCUUCGCCGACCCUCUUUUCUCUCGCCCUCAGGAGUGGAAACUCAGCACUAGUGGCUUGAGCGCCGGUGACCAAUUCAGAGGCACUGACUUUGGAGCUGAUCUCAUAGCACUCAAUCGUAUCAAAUUCUGUGUCGAGUCCAAAUUCUCAUCCCCGCUCACCUCCACGAACAAGUUCAAGCAAUAUAUCGCAGAUGCGCUCCGGGAUAUGCGGGCGAUUUUCGAGACUGGAGAGCUCGAGUUAAAAGACAAAAAGAAGAAAUAAGUGGAUGGGGCAGACGCGCGUACAGGCGCGGUUAUAGGCCUGAUGGCGUCGACCAAGCGAUCGGACACCAUACAGAUUCAGUAGAAGCUUGGAUACUUGAUCAAGAAUUCUACAUGCAUGAAACGGCCACCAGCGACCGUCCUCGCUUGUCAAACUAGCCUAUUCUUGUUUGCACAAAACUAAACUAUGCCUCCUUAUCGCUCGCUGUGCAAUACACCACUCAGACGCAAUUGAAA